AUGUCCGAUGCGGCGGGAAUGGCCAGCAGCGAUGAGGAGGGCCUGCCCACCGGUGGCGGCAGUGGUCGGCAGCGCGUCCAGCGCGACUUUAGCGACGCCAGGUUGGAGCGGGUGGCCGCCUACACAACGACCACUAUGCGCCUCAAACCAGAUAAAUGGACCAAAAUGAUGGCCAGCGAUGAGUUGCGGCGCAUUGUUUUGGAAUGGCAGCAUGGCCACAUUCGCGUCCUGGUGAUGACUCUCAGUCCUGGCGGAGAUUUGGUGCCCAGGAGUUGUCUCAGUGACUUGUACCUGCCGUACUCGGUGCAGAGCAUCCGUGGAUCCGUCCAAUCCGCCCUGUUGCCCCUCGAAGAUGAAGCCAUGGCCACUGUGGCAUCGGCAGUGUCCGCCGUGGUGUCUGCCACGCCCGGCGCCCUGCUCAUCCCACUGCCGCCCGCCUCCUCCAGCUUUACAACUUUGGACGGUGUGCCGCGCGGCAAGUGCGCCUACUUUGUGCGGCGCAAUAGUUCCGACGGACCUUUGACGGCGUCCAAUUUUUCCGAGAGCAUUCUGUACGGAGACUUUCCUGUGCACAGCAAAAUCGAGACCAUGUCGCUGCUGUUCGACGAAGUAUUGCAGCCGCUGCUGGAACAGGCACAAAGUCAGUGGCCCGCCAUUGUUCGCAAGGAUCUGCAGGCGCGCAUCAAGGAAGUGCGGAACACGCUGACCGAGAUUAAGGGCAAAACCAACAAUCGCACAAUUUUAUCGUUAUUAGUUUCGCCAACAAUCGUCGAGGAAGUGUUUGCCCACGUGAGCCAAGGCCACUUACGACCAGCUCUGGAUCCGAAAUUCCGAAACCUGCUGGAAGAGAUGUUUAUAAACUGGACCACCCAGAUGCACGACAUUGUUUUGGAGCGUUCCGAGUGCCAGCCGUUGGGAUCGGCCACCGUGUCAUCCGGUCAUCCCCCCAAGCACAUAACCCACGUCUCUUUGCCGGCCCAGGAGAUUGGCUUUUGGACGAACAGGAAACUAAAUCUGCAGAACAUCUACGAGCAGCUGCGCGAGUCCACCCACAAGACCCUCGCCCAGAUUUUGGAGCGGAUCGAGUCCGUUUAUUAUGUGCCCUAUGCAACUGCUUUCCGAAAACUAGUGGCAGCCUGGCUGGAGGCGCAGGAUGUUUCCCUCUGGCUGCAGCCACUUCUCCGCCAGACUUCCGCCUUCAAUUCGGUGCAGUUCAGCAAUGGACAUGAUUUGGUGCCACCACUCGUCCACGUGCUGCACCUGGUGUGGAGCAAUGCCAGGUACUACCGCAGCACCCAAAGGAUGAGUGUCCUGCUGCGCUGCAUCUGCAACAUGCUCGUCCACCGCGCCGCCGAGGAUCUCGAGCUGCAGCUGCUUUUCCAAGGCGACGCCGAUGAGGGUCUACUAAAGAUCAAUCGCACCACCGAGGUUUUGGAGCUUUUUAAGCAACGCAUGCUGGAGUACAAGGAGCGCUAUGCCGGCAGCCAGGUCCUUUUGCCCGCCCUUCCACAAGGAGCUGCUGCCAUGCCUACUUCUCCAUCUCCCGACGACCAGCAGCAGUUGUGGCGCUUCUGCCACGAGGAUGUGUUUGGCCAGACACUCGAUGGCUUCUCGGCCCAGUUGAUGGAGUUGCGUCAGGUUUUCGAGGCGGCGGUGCAGUUUCAGCAGCUGGAGAAGCUUGAAGUGGGCGGAUUGCGGGGCAAAAUACUCACGGAACGUGUCAGAGAGAUUUUUGGCGAGUUUAAAGUGCUCUUUGAGCAGUGGAGUAACGUCGAUAUAGAUCUCACGGCGCCACUGGCCAGCAAAUGGAAAUGUUUUCGCCGCGAGCAGACGCUCUUCUUUGGUCGCAUGCAACUUCUAGAGCAGAAACUGGCCACCGUGCUGAUCCAGGCAUUCGAGCAGUGCCACAGCUGGAUGCACUUGCUCCGUUUGACACUGAUGUUUGGCAGCCUAUUGCAACGUGCAGCUGUAAGACCGGAAUUGGCACGUAUCCUGCCACACAUCCUGGCCAUAUACGAUAGGGAACUCGAACAGCUGGAGGAGAGUGUGCGGGAAAUCCUGCUCGGCUACGAGAUCCGCGGCUUGGUUGCUCUACCCAUGGCCAACAAUUUUCCACCCAUUGCCAAUGCCAUGAUGUGGCUGGAGCAGCAUAUCAGUCGCUGUGAUGAACUGGGAGCCAAGGAGUUGAACACCCUCAUUGAGCAAUUACUUAAAGAGAAAUCAGAGCUCCAGUCGUUGCCCCUUGAAUGGGGUUAUUUGCUCUCGCGUCGCAAUAUUUUGACCACCAAAUUAAGUAAUCUGCAGAUGAAAAUCUGGACCACUUGGCAUGGGUGUAUUGAUAAGCUUAUCGUUCGGGGACUAGAUGAAUCAGUUCUGUCCCGAUCGGAGGACAAUAGCCAGCUGCACCUCAACUUUUCCCCGGUGCUCUUCACCCUGCUGAAAGAGACUAAAUAUUUGCUGGCUCUUCAGGCUACUGGCAGCUUAUCGGGCGAUCUCUUCCAGCUGCCGGAACCGCUGCUCACACUUUACGGACAUCGGGAUGCCUAUUGGGAGCGACGAAUUCGGCUCAUCAAGAUUGGGGAGUUCUACAACGGAAUUCGCUCGGGGGAAUGUGCCGCAGCUGAGCUCCAAUUGAUAAGCAGUGACCUGGCGAACAUCGAUGAGCAGGUGGCAGUGGCCUGUCGGGAACUCACCUGGCGGAAUUACGAUGAUCCGCUUGUGGCGGACAUUUUCCAGCACAGUCGCGACCUGUUUGCCCGCCUGCAGCAGUCGCACGGAAAUCUGGACGCAAUCCUGGCCAGCAUGCGUCGCUGGAGCCGCGAGCCACUGCAUCAGCGCAGCUUAUACGGUCGCAAUCUCCUGGAUCUGCGCCACCAGCAGGACCGAGUGCGUCUGCGAUUGCUGCAGUGCGAUGAGACCAAGAUGCUGCUGAAUCGCCUGCUGAUUGCCAACUUCUGCCUGUUCUUCAACUACGAGUCGCAGGAGUUUCAGCUGUACUCCAGAGAUCUUAGUGUUCAGGAGUUUGUUCGUGAAUUUCCGAAGGAGCAGCGGCGGCAGUACAACAAGUAUUUGGCCAGUGUGGAUGACCUGAUCUGCCGCGAAGUUCGCCAGGCGAUGAGAAUAAGUUUAGAGUAUUUGUACAAAGAAAUGACAGCAACGGCAACGGCAACGGCAACAGUAGAUCCUGCUACGCCAGCCAGCAUGGCAAGGUUAGUCCUACAGCAAAUCACAACGCCACAGGCGACAGCAACAGGAGGAGUGGGAGCAGGAACAGGAGCAGCAGGAGCAGGAGCAGCAGGAGCAGGAGCAACAGGAGCAAAAGGAGGAGCCCCACCAGCCAGUGGAGCAGUGAACGAUGCUCCACUCUUCGAAGUAAAAUUGGAGCUGACGGAAACGGAAAUACGCUUUUCGCCCGCCUUCGAUGCAAGUGUGGAAAAUAAUUUUCAACAAAUUGUGGAGCAGCUGUUGCUCGAUAUAAAACAGACAUGCGACUGCAUGCCAAGAAUUGUGGCUGACAAUGCCUUGUCAGAGGAUGAUGAAGACGACACGGCGGCGUCGGAGUACGAGCAGCAGGAACAGGGACAGAGGCAGGAGCAAGUGCAGGAACAGGAUCUGGAGGAACAGGAGCAGGAGCAACAAAAGCCGCAGGCCGUGCAAUUCAACCUGCUGGCAGCCGCCAAGGCGUAUAGCCAAAAAAUGGAAAGCACUGUCGAUGGUCUAGAAAUUCUGGAGAAGGCGAUACGCGAUGCCUUGGCGGAAACGGUGGAGGCGGCAUCUGCCUACGCCGGAAAAUUCCACGCCUAUGCAUUCCUGUGGACGCAGCAAAGUGGCGACGUGCUGGCCGCCUGCAUGCAAACGGCCAGGGAGCAGACGCACCACGUCAGCGCCGGCGGCUAUGCCAUCAUGGAGACGUUCAAAAAGGAGAUCGAAAACUACAACGAGGUGCACGACGCCAUUGACCAGUGCGAAAACCGGGAGUGCAUCAACGGAUGGCUGGCCCUCGACCUCAAGCCCCUCAAAUAUGGCCUUCUUAAUCUGGCCUGCAAAUGGUCUCACCUGUGUAAAAAAUGGCUUCUCCGCUACGUCCAGGGCACUCUUAAGGAGCUGAACGCAUUCAUUGCCCGCGGUCAUGAGACGCUGCAGCUGCACAUUGCUCGACAGGACUUCUCCGCCCUGCUCCGCGUGUUGGCCAUCAUGUCGGAGAUCCGGCAAAGGGAGCCGUACGCGGACAACGUGUUCAAGCCGCUGAAGGAUAUCAUGGGCCUGCUGAAGACCUACAAUGUGGAGUUCGAGCCGCAGCUGUUGCGCGGUAUAGAACAGCUACCGCAACAAUGGCAGCAGCUGAAGCAGACAAGUACCGUUAAACAGGAGGCUCUGCAGGACACCCGCUUCCACCAACAACAACGUGUGGCCGCACUCAUCGGUCUGCACACCUGUCACCUGCAACACUACGCCCGCCAAUUCCAGCGAAUGUCGUUCUUCCGGGUGCCCUGUCCGCAGGUCUACGAUGCCUGCGAUCGGGUCUACGACCGUCUUUACCGCUUCCGUCGGCAGCAACGCCUCUACACACGCUGGGCCCGGCUGCUCGACAUUACCGCCCCCGAUUCCGCCACCCUGCUGCUGUGCGAGGUCGAGCUGAGGAGGGUCAAGCAAUUGUGGGACUUUGUGCGCGUCAUCGAGUCGUGCAUCGUGGACUGGCACGCCACGCCCUGGCUGCUCAUCGACACCGACGACAUGGAGCACGAGUGCAAGAAGUUCACCCGCGACCUCCGCACCCUGGACAAGUGCAUCCGCGAGUGGGCGCCCUACGUCCACAUUGUGGGAGUGCUGCGCGAACUGGUCGCCUCGCUGAGGGCCAUCACCGAGCUACAGAAUCCAGCAAUUACGGAGCGCCACUGGAUGGAGCUGAUGCAGUUGACAAAGCUCUCCUACAAAUGCAACAAAUCCACCAGUUUGGCCCAGCUAUUGACCCUGCAGCUGCAGCAUCACGAGGAGGAUAUCAAAAACACUGUGGACCGCGCCAUCAAGGAGAUGACGGUAACCAAAGUGCUCGACGAGAUCAGGGCUACCUGGGCCCACCUGGAAUUCGAGCUGGAACAGCACCACACCCGGCCCAGCAUCCAGCUGCUAAAGGUAUCUGAGGAGCUGAUCGAGACGCUGGACGACAAUCAGAUGCAACUGCAGAACAUCUCCACUUCGAAACACAUUGAGUACCUCCUGGACAAGCUCACCCACUGGCAGAAGGUCCUCGGAGGCAUCGAUACCCUGAUUAUCAACUGGUUUGAGGUGCAGCGCAAGUGGAUCUAUCUGGAGUGCAUCUUCAUCGGAUCCGCGGACAUUCGCGCCCAGUUGCCAGAGGAUGCGGCCAACUUUGAGAAGAUUGACGAGGACUUCACGGAACUUCUAGCUAAGGUUAGUGAGGUACGUGUUGUCAUGCAGGUGGUUCUUCGCCACGAGGAUGUCCUUGCUCAAUUACUGCAGCUGCAGCAGCGCUUGGCGAUUUGCGAGAAGGCCUUAAAUGAUUAUUUGGAAACUAAAAGACUGGCCUUUCCGCGCUUCUACUUCAUCUCGGCCGCCGACUUGCUGGACAUCCUUUCCAAUGGCAACAAUCCGCAGGUGAUCGAUCGUCAUCUAAUCAAAUUGUUCGACUCAAUACUGCGUCUGCAGUAUGAGACGAAUACCCCCAAUGCAUUAGGCAUGCACUCCAAGGAGAAUGAUGAGUAUGUGCCCUUCGUUUCCUCCGAUCCGGAUCAGCCCGCCUUUAUAGUUUGCGGCGGGAGAGUGGAACUCUGGCUGCGUGCCAUAAUCCAGCAGAUGAGGAGCACCCUGCACGAACUGUUCCGACGUGCCCUGCGGGUUUUCGGGGAGAAGCCUCGGGAGCUGUGGCUCUACGACUGGCCAGCCCAGGUGGCACUCUGCUGCAGCCAGAUCAGCUGGACGGCGGACGUGAACCGAUCCUUCGGCUGCAUGGAGGAGGGCUACGAGGGCGUAAUGAAGGAGCUGCACAAGCGCCAGAUUGCCCAGCUGAAUGCCUUGAUCAAUCUCCUGCUGGGCGAACUAUCGCCCGGGGAUCGCCAGAAGAUCAUGACCAUUUGCACGAUCGACGUACACUCGCGGGAUGUGGUGGGCAAGAUCAUUGCCUCCAAGGUGGACAAUUCGCUGGCGUUUCAGUGGCAGAGCCAGCUGCGUCACAGGUGGGACGAUGACCAGGCGGGAAGCUCCAGCGGCAGAGCGAGCACGGCAAUAAGUGGCGGCGGAGGAGAUGAGGACUGCUUCGCCAACAUUUGCGAUGCGGAGUUCCGCUAUGCCUACGAAUAUCUGGGAAAUACCUCACGACUAGUCAUUACCCCGCUAACAGAUCGCUGCUAUAUCACUCUAACACAGUCACUGCGAUUGCGGCUUGCCGGUGCAACCGCCGGACCCGCUGGAACGGGAAAAACGGAGACCACCAAGGACCUGGGACGCGCCCUCGGCGUAAUGGUUUAUGUCUUCAACUGCUCGGAGCAAAUGGACUACAAAUCUUGUGGCAACAUUUACAAAGGACUUGCGCAGACGGGAGCCUGGGGCUGCUUUGACGAGUUCAAUCGCAUCUGCGUGGAGGUCCUCUCCGUGGUCGCCGUCCAGGUGAAGACCAUACAGGAGGCGAUAAAGAUGCAUAAAACCCAAUUUAUCUUUAUGGGCGAGCGCAUUUCGCUGGAGCCGUCGGUUGGAAUUUUUAUCACCAUGAAUCCGGGCUACGCCGGCCGCACGGAGCUGCCGGAGAACCUGAAGACCCUGUUCCGGCCCUGCGCCAUGAUUGUGCCGGACUUUGCCUUGAUUUGUGAGAUUAUGCUAAUGGCCGAGGGCUUCCAGGAUGCCCGUCUGCUGGCCCGCAAAUUUAUCACCCUGUACACGCUGUGCAAGGAGCUGUUGUCCAAGCAGGAUCACUACGAUUGGGGCUUGCGGGCCAUCAAGUCGGUCCUGGUGGUGGCCGGCACCCUCAAGCGGGACGACCACAGUCGGCCGGAGGAUCAGGUGCUGAUGCGGGCGCUACGCGACUUCAAUAUCCCCAAGAUUGUCACGGAAGAUGUGCCCAUAUUUAUGGGUCUUAUUGGGGACCUUUUCCCAGCUCUGGAUGUGCCACGCAAACGGGUCUUCGAGUUCGAGAAGACAAUUCGGCGGGCGGUGAAUGAAAUUAAACUGCAGCCUGAGGAGGGAUUCCUCAUGAAAGUGGUGCAGCUCCAGGAACUGCUCGAUGUGCGGCACUCGGUAUUUAUAGUGGGCAAUGCCGGCACGGGCAAGACCAAGAUCUGGCAAACCCUUCGAGAGACCUAUCGCAUCCAGAAGCUUAAGCCUGUGUGCCAUGUCCUCAACCCGAAGGCUCUGUCCAAUGAUGAGCUCUUCGGCAUCGUUAAUCCCACUACAAGGGAGUGGAAGGAUGGCUUGUUCUCCUCCAUUAUGAGGGAGCAGGCCAACAUGCCGCCUGGCAAUCCCAAGUGGAUUGUCCUGGAUGGCGAUAUCGAUCCCAUGUGGAUCGAGAGUCUGAACACCCUGAUGGAUGAUAAUAAAAUUCUCACCCUGGCCAGCAAUGAGAGGAUAUCCUUGAAGCGCGAGAUGCGUUUGCUGUUCGAGGUGGGACACUUAAAGGCUGCGACUCCGGCCACAGUUUCCAGAGCGGGAAUUUUGUACAUCAACCCACAGGAUUUGGGCUGGUCGCCCUACGUUUCUUCCUGGUUGGAGACGAGGGUGGACAUGAUUGAGCGGGGCAUCCUGACCAGCCUGUUUGAGAAGUAUUUUCCCUGCCUGAUGCAGCGGCAACGCGAUUUCCGGCGCAUUACGCCUAUUACGGACAUGGCCAUGAUCCAGAUGACCUGCCAUCUGCUCGAGUGCCUCCUGGAAAGCGACGACGGAAACGGGGAUGGCAGAGGUCGAGGAAGUGGAACCGGCGGGGCAGCAAACCCCCACAGCCUGCACCACGGGGAACUUUCCCACGAGGCGAAGGUGCUGGCCCUGGAAACCAUCUUUGUUUACGCCACCGUUUGGAGUUUUGGAUCCGCCCUAAGUCAGGAUGUAAUUAUCGACUGGCAUCGCGAAUUCCACAAGUGGUGGACAGGGGAGUUCAAGGACGUUAAGCUGCCCAGCCAGGGCACCGUGUUUGACCACCAGUUAAAUGUGCAGACCCUGAAGUUUCAGCCUUGGUCCGAGUUGGCCGCCCAGGAGUCACUAGAGGGUCAAAUUGACGCAGAGACUCCUUUGCAGACUGUGCUAAUUUCCACCGCGGAGACCACUCGACUGGUCUACUUCCUCAAACUGCUCAUCGACCGCAACCUGGCCUGCAUGUUGGUGGGCGGUUCUGGCUGUGGUAAGGGUGCCAUCUUCCGGGAGCUGUUUAGUCAGUACGCCAGCGACCAGGAACUGCUCGAGGUGGCCGUGUCGACGGUGCCUGCAGGUGACAGCCAUCAGCCGCAGUCCGUGAAUCCCGGAGGAGCAGGAGUGGUGCGGCGCAAGGCUUCCUCCUCGGCCACUCCACUUUUAACCACCGUGCAGGCCACGCACUUCAACUUCUACACCAGUUCGGAGAUAUUUCAGAAGAUGCUCGAUGGUCCCCUGGAGAAGAAGUCGGGGCGAUGCUAUGCACCCAGUGGACCAAAGCGCCGGCUCAUCUACUUUGUCAACGAUUUGAAUAUGCCGGAGGUGGAUGCCUAUGGCACGGUUCAGCCACACACGAUUAUGCGACAGUUCAUGGACUACAGGCAAUGGUACGACCGCCAGCGGCUGCAGCUCAAGGACAUUCGACACUGCCAGUUCGCCGCCUGCAUGAAUCCUACUGCCGGCUCCUUCACCAUCGAUCCAAGACUUCAGCGACAUUUCUGCGUGUUCUCGGUGGCAUCUCCAAGCGAGGACACUCUGCUCCACAUCUACGGCAGCAUCCUGACCAGUCAUUUGGAGAGUCCCGGUCAAGGCUUCAGCAAGGAGAUUCGCUCCAUUGGAAGCCUGCUAGUGCGGGUGGGUAUCGCCCUGCACCGACGUGUGGAAUAUGCCUUCCUGCCCACCGCUCUGAAGUUCCACUACCUUUUCAACCUGCGGGAUCUCACGAGCAUCUAUCAGGGUCUGAUGAACAGCGUGGGUGCUCCGGCCUCGGCGGGCGGAGGAGGUGCAUCGGGCUAUGGAGGAACCAUCUGCGGCAGGCCCUCUGAACUUAUUAGGCUCUACGUGCACGAGGCCUUUCGGGUCUACCACGAUCGCUUGGUGGAUCCCUAUGACAUCAAAUCGUUUAAGUCAUCCAUUAGGGAUAUAUUUAAGAAGGACUUUGAGGACUUCGAUGAGGACUUCGUCUUUGCAGAGCCACUGAUAUAUAGCCACUUUGCCCAGUCACUGGUGGACCAGAAGUAUAUGCCCCUUAAAAGCUGGGAUUCACUUUACCAGCUUUUAAUAGAGGCCCAAGCUAGUUACAACGAGGUGGUGGGCUAUAUGAAUCUAGUCCUUUUCGAGGAUGCCAUGAUACACGUGUGCCGUAUCAAUCGCAUUCUGGAGAGCCCUCGGGGUAAUGCCCUCCUUAUCGGAGUUGGAGGAUCCGGCAAGCAAACCUUGGCCCGUCUGGCGGCCUUUAUCUCCUCGCUCAGUGUUUCGCAGAUCCAAAUCAAGAGAGGAUUUGGUUUGCUAGAUAUGCGAGAGGAAAUCGGCAGCCUUUACAUGAAGGUGGGCCUCAAAAAUCUGGCCUCCGUGUUUCUCAUCUCGGAUGCACAGAUACCAGAUGAAUCCAUAUUGAUGCUUAUCAAUGAUCUGCUGGCCUCUGGCGAGAUUCCUGAGCUCUUCAACGACGAUCAGCUGGACACAAUUACCAAUGGGAUCCGCAACGAGGUAAAGCAAAACGGAACGCUGGACACCAAGGAGAACUGCUGGCGAUACUUCGUGGAUAAGGUGAGGAGGCUGCUCAAAGUGGUGCUCUGCUUCUCGCCGGUGGGUCAAACACUACGGGUUCGGGCUCGGAAAUUCCCAGCCAUCAUCAGCCGGACGGCCAUCGACUGGUUCCACGAGUGGCCCAAAACGGCCCUGGAGUCCGUUUCCCAGAAGUUCCUCAACGAAAUCUCCGGCAUUCUGGAGCCCGAACUGGUGCCGCCCAUCGGCUGCUUUAUGGCUUACGUCCAUGGUACCGUGAAUCAGAUAUCGAGAAUUUAUCUGCAGAAUGAAAAACGCUACAACUACACGACCCCGAAAACUUUUCUGGAAUACAUUUUCCUCUACCGCAAACUGUUGGUGGACAAAAACGGCGAGUUUGCUGAGCGCAUCGCGCGUCUGCAGAGCGGAAUGGCCAAGCUGGCGGAGUGCGCCCGUCAGGUGGACACGCUGAAGCACCAACUGGCCAUCCAAGAAGUUCAGCUGGCGGCCAAAAACGCGGCGGCCGACAAACUGAUUGUGAUUGUGAGUGCGGAGAGCGAGAAGGUGAAGCGGGAGCGGUACACGGCCUCCGAGGAGGAGAAACGGGUGCGGAUCAUCGAGGAGGAUGUCUCACUGAAGACCAAGGUGUGCGAAGAGGAUCUGCGGCAGGCGGAACCCGCUCUGGUGGCCGCCCAAGCGGCCCUGAACACUCUGAACAAGAACAACCUGACUGAACUGAAGUCCUUUGGUUCGCCGCCCAAGGCGGUGGUCAAUGUCUGUGCCGCCGUCAUGGUUUUGCUGGCCAGUAACGGGAAGAUUCCAAGGGAUCGCAGCUGGAAGGCCUCCAAGUUGAUGAUGGUGCGAGUGGACCAGUUCCUCAACGAUCUGCUCAACUACAACAAGGAUAACAUACACCCCAACAUCAUUGAGACGCUGCAGGAGUACCUGAAGGACCCCGAGUUCAAUCCCGACAAGGUGGUGCAAAAGUCAGUGGCCGCCGCCGGACUCUGUGCCUGGGUGAUCAACCUGCAUCGCUACCACCAGGUCUUCCUGAUCGUGGGACCCAAACAGCAGGCGCUGCAGGACUCGCACCAGGAGUUGCUGGAAGCCAGGGAACGGCUGCAGUACCUCAAGGCGAAGAUCAACAAUCUGGAGGCCAAGCUGGCCGAGAUUCAGGCGGAGUUCGAGAACGCGGUGGCCGAGAAGCAGAGGUGCCAGCGGGAGGCGGACAAGACCUCCUUCACCAUCGACCUGGCCCAUCGGCUGGUCAAUGGGCUGGCCAACGAGAAUGUCCGCUGGAAGGAGUCCGUCCAGAGCCUGCAAGCCAAGAUUGGAACCCUGCCCGGAGAUAUACUGCUAAUUUCCUCGUUCCUGUCGUACGUGGGCUGCUUCACGCGCCGCUACCGCGAGGAGUUGCAGCAUAAGAUGUGGCUGCCCAACUUUCGCAAAAUCGAUCCUCAUAUUCCGCAUACCGAGGGUGUGGAUACUCUGGCCCUUUUCUCGGACGAUGCCCAGAUAGCCGCCUGGAACAACGAAGGUCUGCCCAUGGAUCGGAUGUCCACUGAGAAUGCCACCAUUCUGCAGUAUUCCACAAGGUGGCCUUUGAUGAUAGACCCCCAACUCCAGGGCAUCAAGUGGAUCAAGAUACGAUUUGGUUCCUCCUUGGUGGUCUUGCGGCUGAGACAAAAGGGAUUUCUCGAGGCUUUAGAGAAGAGUAUCUCCCAGGGAGAAACCGUGCUUAUCGAACAAAUCGAGGAGACUGUGGAUACCGUUUUGGAGCCACUGCUCAGUCGAGCGUUGAUUAAAAAAGGUCGCUAUCUGCGCAUCGGCGAUAAGGAAAUCGAGUUCCAUCACAACUUCCGGCUGAUCCUGCACACCAAGAUGGCAAAUCCGCACUACAAACCGGAAAUGCAGGCGCAGACCACUUUAAUCAACUUUACGGUCACGCCAGAUGGACUCGAGGAGCAGCUACUGGCGGAGGUGGUCAAGAUCGAAAGGCCAGAUCUGGAGCAGAUGAAAACGGAGGUCACCGUGCAGCAAAACAAGUUCAAGAUAUCGUUAAAAGCACUCGAAGAUGAGCUUCUAGCCAGACUGGCAUCGGCGGGUGAAAAUGUGCUGGAUGAUCAUGCUCUGGUGAUCAAUUUGGAGAACACCAAGCGAACUGUGGACGAGAUCGAGGCGAAGGUGAGGGAGGCAAGGGUCACCACUCUGCAGAUCGACGAUACCCGGAAUAUAUACCGAUCGGCCGCGAAAAGGGCUGCUAUUUUGUACUUUGUUCUCACCGAUCUGAGCCGCAUAAAUCCCAUCUAUAAGUUCUCGCUGAAGUCCUUUAUGCAUGUUUUCCGGCAGGCCAUUGCGCAGGCCUCCGAAUCCAAGAAUUAUGAACGCAGGGUGCUCCACUUGGUGGACUCCAUUACCCUGCAGACCUACCGAUACACUUUGCGGGGUCUUUUCGAGGCGGACAAGCUGACCUUUACCUCGCACAUGACCUUGCGCAUUCUGAUUGCCGCCGAUCAGGUGGCCAAGGACGAAACGGACUUCCUCCUCCGGUUUCCCCACGAUCCCAGUACUUUGUCCCCCUUGGAUUUCGUGAGUCGCAGUGCAUGGGGAGGAAUCAAAUCCUUGACUCUGAUCGAGCAUUUCUAUGGGAUUGACAAGGACAUGGAGAACUAUACGAAGCGGUGGCGGAAGUUUAUGGCCAGUGAUACUCCCGAGCGGGAACAGUUUCCCGGCGAGUGGAAGCACCGCACUCCCCUCCAGAAAUUGUGUAUUAUUCGGUCAUUGCGACCCGAUCGCAUGACCUAUGCCAUGCGACAGUUUGUGGAGCAGACGAUGGGUCGCUCCUAUGCCGAGAUCCAGACUCCGCCCUUUGGAGCCAUCUUCCAGGAACUGAAUGCUGCCACGCCCGCCUUCUUUAUCCUUUCACCCGGUGUGGAUCCCAUUCGGGAUGUGGAGCGUUAUGGGCAGCGACAGGGAUUCCAUUCGGAGUCCGAUACCCUAGUGAAUAUCUCACUGGGCCAGGGACAAGAGCUACUGGCCGAGCAGGCUAUUAUACAAGCUCUGGAGUCUGGUCAACAAUGGGUGAUCCUGCAAAAUAUCCAUCUGGUGGUCAACUGGCUACCCACGCUGGAGAAGCUCAUUGAACGGAUCGUGCUGCAGAGCGAGACGCAGGGCGAAUCAAGUUUCCGACUCUUCAUCAGCGCCGAGCCGGCUCCAGAUCCACAAUAUCAUGUCAUUCCGCAGGGCAUCCUGGAGUCUUCGCUUAAGGUGGUCAAUGAACCGCCAUCCGGAAUGGCGGCCAAUCUGCACAAGGCGUGGGACAACUUCUCGCAGGACGCGUUGGAAACAUGCACCCAGGAGGCGGAGUUCAAGUCCAUCCUAUUCGCUCUCUGCUAUUUCCAUGCGGUGGCCGGCGAAAGGCGAAAGUUUGGACCGCAGGGCUGGAACAAGGUGUACCCGUUUAACAUUGGUGACCUCACUAUCUCGUCCAAUGUCCUUCAUAACUAUUUGGAGGGCAGCAAUCGGAUUCCCUGGGAGGAUCUACGCUACCUCUUCGGUGAGAUUAUGUACGGUGGCCACAUCACGGACGACUGGGACCGCCGGCUAUGCCAGACUUAUCUGGAGGAGCUCCUGCAGCAGGACCUUAUUGAUGGGGACUUUGAACUGUGUCCGGGUUUUCCAGCUCCUCCCAAUCUUGACUUUGAUGGCUAUCAUUCGUAUAUCACGGAAAUGCUGCCGGAGGAGAGCCCGUUGCUCUAUGGUCUGCAUCCCAAUGCGGAGAUUGGCUUCCUGACCACCGCCUCCGAGCAAUUGCUGCGCACUAUUUUCGAACUGCAGCCAAGGGAAUCGGAGCUGAGCUCCCAUUGUGGAGCACCGCGGGAGGAGCUGGUGAAGAUCAUGAUUGACGACUUCCUUGACAAACUGCAGGACGAGUUCAAUCUGAAGGCACUGCUUAAUCGCUUGGAGCGCAAGACACCUUUUGUGGUGGUUGCCCUGCAGGAAUGCGAGCGUAUGAACGCUCUGAUCCGGGAGAUAAAGCGAUCCCUGCGAGAACUGAUGCUGGGGCUGAGGGGAGAACUCACCAUUACCCAGGAAAUGGAGCGGCUGGAUCAUGCCAUCUUCUAUGAUCAUGUGCCGGGUGCUUGGGCUCGAUUGGCCUAUCCCAGCAUGCUGGGCCUGCAGUCCUGGUUCGCGGACCUGCUGCACCGCAUCAAGGAGCUGGCCGGUUGGCUCAAUGACUUCAAGCUGCCCUGUGCCAUCUGGCUGGGCGGACUCUUCAAUCCGCAGAGCUUCCUCACCGCCAUCAUGCAGGAGAGUGCCCGGAAACACGAUCUUCCGCUGGACAGGAUGCUGAUCAGCUGCGAUGUCACCAAGAAGCAAAAAGACGACGUCACCCUUCCACCCAUGGAGGGCGCCUUUGUCCACGACCUGUACAUGGACGGCGCCAGCUGGGACUGCCAACUGAACUCCAUUGUGGCGCUGCGUCCCAAGGAGAUGCUGUGCGCAAUGCCCGUCAUCUACAUCAAGUCCAUUGUCCAGGAGAAGCAGGAACUGCAGCGUGUCUACGAGUGUCCUUUGUACAAGACCAGGUCGCGUGGCAAUACUUAUGUGUGGACCUUUAACCUGAAGACCCGCGAACGCCCCUCAAAAUGGAUACUGGGGGGAGUGGCACUACUACUGCAGCCAUAAAUAAUUCAAAACUGUAAGCAAUAGAGCUUAAACAUGAGGAAUAGCCAACAAUUCAAUCUCAGACCUGAUUCAGCAUAUUCUUUUGUACUCUCACCGCAUAUAAACUCAUACAAAUC